AUGCAAUGCGCGUCGACGCACGAGGAUCAGAGGGCGCUUGCUUUCCCCCCUACAAGCGCUGCUGGUGCACCGGGAAUCCACACACGGGAUCAGCCGAGCGGCGCUGUCUCGCGUCCCGUCUCGGGCGUGCGACAGGCCAAGGCAUCCUCCGCUCCAGUCUUUGGCUUGCCGAGCAAGGCCGCCUCGGGGCAUCAACGUGCCACCCAGGCGCCGCCCGCCUCCGUGUCAAUCUCGGAACCGGAGCAGAGGCAGCAUUCGCAUGGACGCUUAGGAGCCUGGCCGCCUUUCCCGCCCUACAAAGCUACUAUACUGCGGGGAGCUACUCGACUCGGUUCGGAACGCGAGCUCGGAGCCGGCCGUUGGUAA